UUUAUUCUAUUCUCCAUCUCUCUCCCGUCUGAAAUUAUAUUGUCCCUGCUACUCUCAAGAAAUCUGCCAAGCCACUCCCAUGGGUGACAAGGAUGGGUAUCGCAGUGGCCCUAGAGAUCCUCCCGGUGAGUUUGGAGGAGAAAAGGGUGGAUCUCCGGCUGAUUACCAGCCUGAUUUUAGGGGGUCUGGUGGAAGGCCUGGAUUUGAACGUGGUGCCGGAGGAUUUGGAGGUGGUGCUCCCCCAAGCUCUAGCUUCUCCCCUGGCAAUCGCCCACGCCCUGUCGACUCCGACUCCCCCGGCACUGUCGACUCCGACUCCCCCGACACUGUCGACCCCGCUUUGAAGCAGUUGUGCUUUACACCGAUGGUUACUGUCUUACCACCGGUUCUGCCAUCGGAUCCAAAUGUGGUUUCUCCUUUUAUUAACUGUUGCCAUGUCCCUGGUUUCUGCCGUAAGCUCUAGCUACUGGAAUAGGGUAAUUUACCUAAACUUUUAUACUUCAGUAAAAGUAAUAUGCAUUACAUUUUAUCUAGCGGCAAGGAAUUACUUAAAUUAUCAUAAUAUGGA